UCAUAUGUUCUGCAAAACGUGGAUUUCAUUUGCCGACAAAUUUUCAAACGUGCAUUUUGAAUCAAGAUGGGCAAGGAUCGGGGCAGAGGACGCAGGAAUCACCAUUCCGGACCAUACAACAAGAGCAACUGGCGUGGCCAGAAGAAGGAUCGCCCCCAAAACAAUGGUGGCGGUCAGCGCAACAGUGCUCCACAACAGAAAUCCACGCUACUGGAGACCCAAGUGGGCAUUACGGAGUUCACUAACCCGGAGGCCCCUGGCUUCACGGGAAUACUUAAGUCUCGCUUCUCUGAUUUUCACGUGAACGAGAUUGAUAGCAAUGGAAAAGUUCUGGAGCUGAACGAUCUCAGUGUGCCUAAAGUGGCUAUUGUGGCUGUGACCGAAAACGAACUGGACAACUGGCGGAAAGAACUGGAGGCAGUAAUCGGCCCGGAAGUUUGGCAGGAUAUAGCCAAUCUUGCUAAGGCCAAAAACGAUCCCGCGAUCGAACAAAAGCUGGAGAUUGAUGUGACUACCCUGGACAAGGAGCAGCGAACACAAGUCCACCAGAUGAUAAAGCAGCUUUACAAGGGCAAGCUACUGUCCACCACCAUUGGGCAGCAGCAGGCUAAGCCGAAGGUCCGGGAGGAGGCAUCUUUGGAAAAUAAGGAUGCGGCUGAAGGUGAAACCUCAACCCAGGAAGACUCACAGGUGCCGGCAGAGGAGAAGAAGACUAUAAAAGUAUUUAAACCAAAGCAAGGACGCGGUGACAAACGCUGGAGCUUUCCGGCGGAUUACGUGACCUUCCUGGUGCACAAAACCAAUUUGGUUACCAGCGAUGUAGCCUCUACUUUAGCAGCACGACUGAACUUGCGACCAUCGCAGGUGAACUACAGCGGCAUCAAGGACAAGCGGGCCAAGACCACACAGAAGUUCUCCGUCAAGCGUCGUACACCAGAGAGCAUUUUGGUUGCAGCUCGCUCCCAACGGAAUGUUAAUAUCGGCAACUUUGGAUUCGAAUCCAAUACACUGAAGCUGGGCGACUUGCAGGGCAAUCGUUUUCGUAUUGCCUUGCGACACAUUGCCAAGAAGAAGCGAGAAGAAAUCGAGCAGGCACUGCAAUCAUUGAAGGGACGCGGCUUCAUCAACUACUAUGGCUUGCAGCGGUUCGGCAACAGCGCCAGUGUGCCCACCUAUGAGGUGGGAGUUGCUCUGCUCAAGAACGAUUACAAACUGGCCUGCGAACUGAUCCUAAAACCCCGGGACUCGGAUGUGGAGUUUUUGCGUCCCAUACGCGAGGAGUGGUGGAAAAAUCGAGACUCCGCGGCGGCAGCUGCACAGAUCUACGGCGAAAAGUUCAUCGAAAAGAAGCUGCUGGACGGCUUGGCCAGAUUUGGUGAAUCAGAUUACUCAUCAGCUCUGCGGCAGAUACCACGCAACAUGCUCAUGCUAUAUCCACAUGCUUACCAAAGCCUGAUCUUCAACAGGAUAGCGUCUAGAAGGAUUAAGGAGUUCGGCUUGAAAUUGAUACCCGGUGAUUUGGUUUAUGUGGAGCAGGAACAGCCGGAAGCCGUGGAAGAGCAGGCACAGCAGUGUGAGGCCUUGGAAGAACAUAAAGAAGAAGAGCCUAACGAUGAACCUCUAGAAGUCGCCGAAGGGGAUGAAGCCAUCGAAGAGGAGUCGGUUUUCAAGAGAAAGGUUCGCCCGCUCACAGCAGAAGACAUCGCUAGCGGCAAGUACAAACUCUCCGAUGUGGUCCUUCCCCUGCCUGGACACGACAUCACCUAUCCGAGCAACGAAUGCGGUGCAUGGUACGAGGAAAUGCUCGCCGAAGUGGGUCUCUCCUCGGAUCAACUGAAGCACAAGGAGAAGACAUACGCAUUGGCUGGCGCCUAUCGCAAGAUGAUCAUAUCGUCCAGUGAUCUCAAGUGGAGCUUUAGAAUGUACAAUUCGCCGGAGGAUACACUUAUCGCCUCCGACUGGGAGCUAUUGAAGAACAUUCCGGUUGCACCAGAACCAGCUGAAGCUGAGGCCAAUUACAUGGCACUCCUGCUGGAGUUCUCGCUGCCCACGGCUGCCUAUGCCACCAUGUUUUUGCGGGAACUCCUAAAGCAGGACACAUCGUCAGCGUCGCAAACGCAGUUGGAGAAGCAGGCAAUGGCUAAGGAGGACAAUGAAAAGAAGGCGGUAUCCCAGGAGGAACAAAUGGAGGUGGUAAAGGAGGCGGCCGACGAGGAAGGGCAGGAAACUGAGCAGGCGGAAACUCAGGGGGCCGAGGAGGCGGUGUAGGCCAAGUGAGAUACCAAAAAUCAAUAUGCUCGGGAAAUCAAUUUUACGCGCGCUUCGUAUUCAACUUCGAACCAACCACAACAAUAACAAUGCGCACGUGAGGACGAGGGCUGCUCUCGUAGCUCGCACCCCGUCAAUCUCAAUCGCUCUCUCUCUCUCUCCUGGGAGAGUCCUUUUGGUCCUGUUUCUUGGACUGCGAUUUCAUUCGUUCGGUGGCCACCAACGCGAAAGCUCAAGCGACGCGCUGCGCAGUUUCCCCAGCUCAAAAGUCCAAGUCGCACGGUUUUACCCAGCGUUCUCAAUGAAGAGCAAUAACAAAUUAUUAAUUGACAACAAAUAACGAAUGAGCGCGGUCCCCCAAAAAUCCACGGACUCCAUCCAGUUCAUCCAGUGACUUAAAGAGAUUUAAAACCAAAUAAAAAUCCUAGUGGCGAGACAAGGUGAAUUUCCAGUUAAA